AUGGGUGCCGAGGUGCUGAGAACUGUCGACAAGGGAGCCAAGGGCUUCCAGUACAAGGUGAAGGACAUCUCCCAGGCGGACUUCGGCCGUCUGGAGAUCGAGCUCGCAGAAGCCGAGAUGCCCGGUCUGAUCGCCUGCAGGACCGAGUUCGGCGCUCAGCAGCCAUUCAAGGGCGCCAAAAUUGCCGGAAGUCUGCACAUGACUAUUCAGACCGCUGUGCUGAUCGAGACCCUGACAGCUCUUGGCGCAGAUGUCAGAUGGUGUUCUUGCAACAUCUUCAGCACACAGGACCAUGCUGCUGCCGCUGUUGCUCGUGACACCGCCGCGGUGUUCGCGUGGAAGGGUGAGACCCUGGAGGAGUACUGGUGGUGCACUGAGCAGAUGCUCACAUGGCCCGAUGGCAGUGGCCCGGACCUGCUGGUGGACGACGGUGGCGACGCCACGCUGCUCAUCCACGAGGGUGCCAAGGCCGAGAAGGCGUACGCCAAGGACGGCACCGUGCCCGACCCCACCUCCACGGACAACCCAGAGUUCCAGAUCGUGCUGGGCCUCAUCCGCGACGGCCUCAAAAAGGACCCCACCAAGUGGACCAGAUACGCUGAGGCCCUCCAGGGUGUGUCCGAGGAGACCACCACCGGCGUGAAGAGGCUGUACGAGAUGCAGGCCAGCGGCACGCUCAUGGUGCCCGCCAUCAACGUCAACGACUCCGUGACCAAGUCCAAGUUUGACAACGUGUACGGCUGCCGCCACUCCCUCCCCGACGGCAUCAUGCGCGCCACCGACGUCAUGCUCGCCGGCAAGCACUGCUGGGUCGCCGGCUAUGGUGACGUCGGCAAGGGAUCCGCCGCCGCCAUGAAGGCCGCCGGCGCGCGCGUGACGAUCUCGGAAAUCGACCCCAUCUGCGCGCUGCAGGCCACGAUGGAGGGCUACUCCGUGGCUCCCCUGGAGGACGUGCUGGAGAACGUGGACAUCUUCAUCACGACUACGGGCAACAAGGACAUUGUCAUGGCGCACCACCUGUCCAAGAUGAAGAACAACGCCAUCGUCGGAAACAUCGGUCACUUCGACAACGAGAUCGACAUGGCCGGCAUUACCUCAUGGCCAGGCAUGAAGAGGCAGAACAUCAAGCCCCAGGUGGACCGCUUCAUCUUCCCCGACGGCCACGGCGUCAUCGUGCUGGCCGAGGGCCGCCUGCUCAAUCUGGGAUGCGCCACCGGCCACCCCUCCUUCGUCAUGUCAUGCUCCUUCACCAACCAGGUGAUUGCGCAGCUGGAGCUGUGGAACGAGCGCAAGUCUGGCCGCUAUGAGAACAAGGUGUACGUGCUGCCCAAGCACCUGGACGAGAAGGUGGCCGCGCUUCACCUGCCCAAGCUGGGCGCCAAGCUCACCAUCCUCUCCGACGACCAGGCCACCUACAUCAAUGUCCCCAAGACCGGUCCCUUCAAGCCCGCCCACUACCGCUACUGA